AUGGAAACCAACGGAUACGAUGAUCGAAAUCGUGCCUUUUUACAGGCCUUCAUGGCACGUUCUACCAUGACCUUUGAAGAGGCACAACCAGUUCUAGCAGCGAUACUCUCUGCUAAUCAAGGAACCACUGUCGACCCAGAGGGCAUCACACACGAAGACAUCGGCGCCUUCGUAGACGCCGCAAACUCAGCCAUUUCACCCUUUGACCUAGAAAUCCGAACCACCCGCCGACAAGACCCAAAAGAAGCCAACCAAGACGCACCAAAUACACCCCCCGUACUAGUAUACGCCCUCGUCAAUACAACAAGCGAUCCCCUAACCCAGCUCGCGACGACCUACUCCGCUGACGAAAUCGCAUUCGUCAAGCGCGUCCUCGACUUCAUGUUCGACACAAAUAACAGACGCCGAUGCGAGGGGAUGGUCAUCACGCAGAUGCAAGCCGUACAACUGGCAAAAGCGGGCGAAGAUCGACGCAGGUCUACCAAUGUUGGAACACAGCAGGAAGGCGGUGCUGCGCAGAACUUGACCAUGACGCAGGCGCAGGAUAUGAUGAAGUCUUUGGUGUCGGAGGGUUGGUUGGAGAAGAGUCGGAAGGGGUAUUUGAGUUUAACUCCGCGGGCGUUGAUGGAGUUAAGGACUUGGUUGGUCUCGACGUAUAAUGACGAUGAAGAAGAUGGGAGGAGGAGGAGGGCUCCUCGUAUUAAGUUCUGCGCGGCUUGCAAGGAUAUUAUUACGGUGGGCCAACGGUGUGAUGAUCAUGAAUGCUUGGGUCGUCUUCAUGAUCACUGCGUGCGCAAUUUCUUCCGCAUGCAACAAGCGGAGAAAUGUCCUGUCUGCAAGGAGGACUGGUCUGGAGAAAGCUUUGUGGGCGAGAGAGCUGUGGAGGAGGCGAGUCGCGUAAGACCGAGUACCAAUGUGCGACAGCGAACCCAGGAUACCCCGGAAGCAGAUGGCGAUUCUGGUGCUCCUGAAGACAGCGAAGAAGAAGAGGGGUGA